GCUCCAUCCAAACGAAAACCCCCACCCACGCGCCGCUGCGGCGGUUCGCCCUAUAUGUCUCCCGCAUUGCCACGAUCCAAUCUGAUCUCCCCAACAACGCCGCGGAGAGGGAGAUCAAUCGCCGGAACAGGAGGAGGAGAUGGCUACCUCGAUGUGCUACACCAACGACGGCCACUACGUGGUGUCCUUCGACGAGGACGCCAUCCGCACGACGCUCACGGCCAGCGGCGACACGAUGGACUGGUGGCUGGACGAGAUCUACCGCGUCCACCGGCGCCGCCUCCACCGCCUCGUCGUCGGCCUGGACGUCGAGUGGCGCCCGUCCUACUACACCGGCCGCUACGCGCCCCCCGUCGCGCUGCUGCAGCUCUGCGUCGGCCGCCGCUGCCUCGUGUUCCAGAUCCUCCACGCCGACUACAUCCCGGGCUCGCUCUUCGACUUCCUCGCCGACGAGCGCUUCACCUUCGUCGGCGUAGGGAUCGGCGACGACGCCGCCAAUCUGCGCGCCGGUUACGGCCUCGAGGUGGGGUGCGCCGAGGACCUGCGCGGCCUCGCCGCCGACACGCUCGGGAACCCCGCGCUGCGCUCGGCCGGGCUGCGGGCGCUGGUGUGGGAGGUGAUGGGCGUGGGGAUGCAGAAGCCGCACCACGUGCGCGUGAGCGCCUGGGACGCGCCCGUCCUGCCCUACAGCCAGCUCAUGUACGCCAGCGUCGACGCGUUCGCCUCCUUCGAGGUCGGCCGGAGGCUCUACGACGGCGACUACUAGGCUACUAGUAGGGUAUACCAGUACGUUGGUAUGGUUGGUUCGGCGUCGCAAUGCACUGCCUCGUGCAGUCCAAUCGCCUAUUCGCUUGUGUCGCUUCGAUU